GUGUUGGCGAAAAUGCUGUGAGGUGCAGACGCGUGGCUCUGUCUGAUCGCCGUUUACACUCGGUAGUCGUUGUUGCUGUCGUUAGCGUUUGUUUUGUUUUGCAGUAGUCGUCGAUUGGCAGUCGAAAGUGCAUUCGGUCGCGACUCCCGAUACCGUUACCCCCCUCCACCCAACUCGUGGCAGUGAGAAGUGUGAUAAGCGCGUCAAGUGCGACGAGUAAAUCAAAAUCCCAACCAAAGAACUGUAAACAAAGGCAAGACACACGCCAGCAAGAUGUUGAAAACAAAAUCAAACGACGACAAACUGGACACCCUCCUGUCUCGCAGCCUGGUGCCCAUCAUCGAUUUGGCGCAUUGUGGUACCGAGGAAGUGCCCGUCAGGUCGGUAGUGAAUCGUGUGGGUCUUCAGUUUCGGAAGGCGCUUUCAGAGAAGGGCAUGGCCUUGCUGGUUAACCAUGGCAUAUCGGACGAGAAGCUGAAAACCGCCUGGGAUCAUCUGGACGACUUUGUGAAUCUGUCGGCGGACGUUAAGCAACAUUAUAUACGCACCGACGGCGACAACCACGGCUAUGUGAGUCCCGGCAUUGAGCGCUUUGAUGGCAAGACGCCGGAACUGCGCCAUGCCUUCAACAUUUGCACACUCAAUGCGAAAAAUUUGCCGGAGGAGCCGCUGCCGGGCUUUGCCGAUCAUAUAUCCACGCUGGCCAACGACUUCAAGGCGCUCGCCAGCUUCAUACUCCAGGCCAUCGCCAUCUCACUAGACAUACCCCACACAUUCUUCCUCGAAAAGCACUCACACAUGUUGUCCGGCGACCACGACAACAUGACCACCCUGCGCAUGCUCUACUAUCCACCCGUGGUGGACGACGAACCCGGCCAGAACGACUUCGUCAAGGGUCGUUGCCAAUAUAGCUACCAGCGCUGCGUCUCGGACAUGCCAGACUUUCGUCCCGAACAGAAUGCUCGCGACGAGUACAGCGAGCUCGAUGGCAAGGGCAACGACGGCGAGCUAUCCGAGCACAAGCUGGCCAAUGGCGCCAUCAUACGCUGUGGCGCCCAUGUGGACUAUGGCACAUUUACUCUCCUAGCGCAGGACUCGGAAGGCGGCCUGGAGGUGAAACUGCCGGGCAGCGAGAAAUGGCAUCGUGUGGGUCAUCUGCCCGGCGCCAUACUGGUUAACUGUGGCGAAAUAUUGUCGAUAUGGACACAGGAACGCUACCCCGCCUUGCAACAUCGCGUUGUUGUGCCCGAACAGGAGCACAUUAGAGCUCGCGGUCGUCACUCUAUAGCGUUUUUCUGUCAUCCGGAUAAUAUAACGAUGAUAUCACCCAAUGAUCUGCCCCAGAACGAUACGGCUCAGAACUCGACGUGUCUGAAGCAGCGCAAGAAGUCCUUCAAGGUAGCGAAGGAAAAAGUCUACAAUGCAUAUCAGAUAAUUCAGAAAAAGUUCAGAGACACGUACAGCAACAACAACAAUCAAUAACAAUGCUCCAGCCGCGUUUGUUUGCCAACGCCAUUCACGCCAUUCACGCCCUUCACCCCCUCGACCAUUACUAUAUAAUGGCGACACGCUGCGGCUGCGGGAAAUCAAAUCAAAUAAAAUACAAGAAAAGAAAAGAAAAGGAAACACAUCGGAUGUUUUGAACUUUUUAUUUUAGUUACUUCAUACGAUUGUAAUUGCUUCAUUUCGUCUUUAGUUCAUACGCAUACUGACUAACAUAUGUUUGUAUAAUAUAUAAUAAAUAUAUAAUAUAUAUAUAUAUAUAUAAUGUAAUUUCCACAGAUAAACGCA